UCUCUCUAUAUAAGCGAAGUUGUCACUCGAUCGAAAAGGUUUUUCUCUCUCCUCUCUCGACCGUCCCCCCCCUGCGAGGCUCGUGUCCUCCUUAUCUGCGCGAUUCGUUCCUCGCGUCGCCGAUUUUUUCCGUCGGGCAGCGAAAGAGCGACCCCCUCCCUAGGGUUUCUCGAUUUCGCGAGGAGCUGCUCUUCCAUGGAGGCCGAGGAAGAAGAUGCCGCCUCGCUGCAUGGCGUCGGCGCGGCGGAGGGGAGUAUCCCUCCGGGGAGCGGCGGCGGCGGCGGAGAGAGCGCGUCGAGGUCGGGGCCGGAGCCGCGCGAGUCGCCGAGAAGCGGCGAGGGAAUCGGCUGGGAUGGCGUUGGCGUUGGGGAUGCGGCGGAGGGGGCGUCGCCUCGUCGGCAAUCGGAAAUGGAGCCCGAGUCUGCAUUGCCGGUCGUGGCGGGAGAUGAUGGAGAGCCGGUUUCUGGGACGGGAGGCGGGGAUUGUGCUGUUGCGGGCGAUAAUCAGUCUGUCUCCGUGGCGGAGAUGCCAGUGGCCACGGAAUUGGACCCGUCGCUGCCGGGGUCGCCGCCUCCGCAAAGCGCAAGUGAUGGUGGAGAUGCAGUCGGCGGAGAAGAAACGGGAGCUAAGGUUGCGAACGCAGAGGUUUACCAGCUGGAGAAAGGUGCUGUGGAGUCUCCACCUCCUCAAAGCCCAAAUGAUGGUGGAGAUGCAGUCGGCGGAGAAGAAACAGGAGCAAAGGUUGCGAACGCAGAGAUUUCCCAGCUGGAGGAAGGUGCUGUGGAGUCUCCACCUCCUCAAAGCCCAAAUGAUGGUGGAGAUGUAGUCGGCGGAGAAGAAACAGGAGCUAAGGUCACGGAGGCAGAGUUUUCCCAGCUGGAGAGAGAUGCUGAGGAGUCGGAAGGUUUGGGGGCUGCAGUUGCAGCGGAUGAUGUGGUACAGGAAGGGGCUGAGGAUGAAAACGAGACGGACGAGGUCUUGGCGGAUGAAGGUGAGAAUAGAGCAGCUGCUGGGGAGGCGGGAAUGUCUGAUGUGGAGGAGGAGAAGGUGAUAGCCGACGAUGAUGUGGAGGUGGAGAAUAGGGAGGCGAGCGAUGGACAAGGAGUACCUGCCGCAGAGGUAGAGGAAAUGUGCAGUGUGGGGGGUGAUGAUGUAUUGGAAGCUGCACACCAGGUUAAAGGAGAGGUCAGCGGUGUUAUGGCUUUCAAUAAAGUGGCAGAGGAUGAUGCUGGGGUUUUUGAAGCGGAGGAGGGGAAGGUGGCAGGGCAUAAGCAGGAGGGACUGGCCACGGACGUUGAGGAGAUGCGCCGUGUGCAGGGCGAUGAUGUGUUGGUAGGUGCACAGCAGGUUCAAGGAGCCGAGGAUGAAAAAGAGAUUGAAGGGGUUGAUGCUGUUGUGGCUUUCAAUAAAGUGGCUGAGCAUGAUACUGGGGUCGUUGAAGUGGAGGAUGGGAAGGUGGCAGAGGAUAAGCAGGAGGGUGAUGCUUUCGGGAAUGAGAAACCAAUGGAGGACGCAGAAAUUGGCACAGAAGAGCAUGAGGAGAUUGAGGCAGAGCAGGGUGCUGAUGUGGCUAGGGUGCCAGAGGAGGAUACAGGAAGAGAUGGCAUUGUGGAAGCAACGGAUAAAGAGGUUGCUCAUGGGGAAGAAACUCAGGCGCUGAAGGACAUUGAGGAGGACAUGGGCAUGGCUCGUGCCAUGGAAGUCAUUGCACCGGUGGAUGAUAUGGAUGGCAUUGCCGUUGUGGAAAGGGAUUUGGUGGUUGACGAUGCAGUUGUUGGCACAGCAGAUGUAGGUCCGGUGGAGACUGAGGAGAGGGAAACUUUGGAGGUUACUGAUGUUGCAGAGGGUAUUGUGGUAGGUGGGAAUGCACUUGAAGACGUGGAGUUUUCUGAUGUAGCGGAGCAUGUCGAGAUAGAGGAUCAAGAGAUGGAUGAUGUGGUAGGGGAUACAGAAACAGUUGAUGAAAUGGAUGUGCCUGAGGACACUGAUGUUGCCGAUGAGACAGAUGUGUUGGAUGAGAUGGAGAAGGUUGAGGAAGCAAAUAGAAUUGGUGGUCAAAAGAGGAAGCGAGGAAGGAUUUCUAAGGGAGUUAAGGCUCCUACAAGGAAGAAGAUGGAAGAGGAUGUAUGCUUCAUCUGUUUUGAUGGGGGCGAACUUGUGCUAUGUGAUAGAAGGGGAUGCCCUAAGGUAUAUCAUCCUUCGUGCGUGAAUCGUGAUGAGGCUUUUUUUCGAACUAAGGGGCGCUGGAACUGUGGUUGGCACCUCUGUAGCAACUGUGAGAAGAAUGCAUACUAUAUGUGUUAUACUUGUACAUUUUCCCUAUGCAAGAGUUGUAUCAGAGAUGCUGUUAUCCUAUGUGUGAGAGGAAACAAAGGAUUCUGUGAAACAUGCAUGAGAACAGUCAUGAUGAUCGAGAGUAAUGAGCAGGGGAGCAGGGACGUGGGUCAAGUAGAUUUUGAUGACAAAAGCAGCUGGGAAUACCUGUUCAAGGAUUACUAUAUUGGCUUAAAAGAGAGGCUUUCGCUGACUUUGGAGGAGCUUGCUCGGGCUAAGAACCCAUGGAAAGGAUCUGAUGUAACUUCAGGGAAACAAGAAUCUCCUGAUGAACUUUAUGAUGCUAAUGAUGAUGGAGGAUCGGGUUCAGACAAUUCUUCUGGAAAUGCGGUAGUAACUGUCUCUAAAAGGAGGAAGGCAAAGAAACAGUCAAAAUCACGCAGCAAGGAAAAGUACUCACUGACCAGAUCAACUCGAGUUAGUAGGGAAGAUCCUUCUGCAGAUGACGGUGUUGAGUGGGCAUCAAAGGAGCUUUUGGAGUUUGUGAUGCACAUGCGAAAUGGUGAUAGAUCUGUUCUUUCUCAGUUUGAUGUACAGGCUCUCUUGUUAGAAUAUAUAAAGAGCAACAAACUCAGAGAUCCUCGGCGGAAAAGUCAAAUAAUUUGUGACUCAAGGCUUCAAAAUCUCUUUGGCAAGCCACGUGUGGGGCAUUUUGAAAUGCUGAGGCUUCUUGAAUCUCACUUUCUUGUGAAGGAAGAUACAGAUGAUCUUCAAGGGAGUGUUGUUGAUACUGAUGCCAAUCAAAUUGAUGUUAAUGGGAACUCUGAUGCUUCAGUAAAGGCGGUUAAAGAGAAGAGACGCAAAACGCGAAAAAAGAAUGAUGAGAGAGGAAUUCAGUCUAACCUUGAUGACUAUGCAGCUAUUGAUACACACAAUGUCAAUCUGAUUUACUUGCGUCGUAAUCUGGUGGAGGAGUUGAUUGACGAUGGUGGGACAUUUCAUGAUAAAGUUGUUGGCUCUUUUGUCAGGAUAAGAAUUUCUGGUAGCAAUCAAAAGCAAGAUCUGUAUAGAUUAGUCCCGAUAAUAGGUACUACCAAAGCUCCGGAGCCAUACAAAGUUGGCAAAAAGAUGACGGAUUAUCUUCUGGAAAUAUAUAAUCUAAACAAGUCUGAGGUUAUAUCAGUUGAUAUAAUCUCCAACCAAGAUUUUACCGAGGACGAAUGCAAGCGCCUGCGGCAGAGUAUAAAAUGUGGACUUAUCACCCGUCUGACUGUGGGUGAUAUUCAGGAAAAGGCCAUAGCGCUCCAGGCAGUAAGAGUCAAAGAUUGGCUGGAGGCAGAAGUUUUGCGACUCAGUCACCUUCGUGAUCGAGCAAGUGAAAAAGGUCACCGAAAAGAGCUCAGAGAAUGUGUAGAAAAAUUGCAGGUUCUAAAAGCACCUGAGGAGCGCCAACGAAGACUUGAGGAGGUUCCGGAAAUACAUUCAGAUCCAAAAAUGGAUCCAAGCUACGAGUCUGAAGAUGAUGAAGGUGAAGCAGAUCAGAGAAGACAAGAGAGUUAUGUAGGAGCAAGAGGUACUGGUUUGAGUGGGAGGGGGAGAGAUCCAAUAUCUCCCCAGAAAGGAGGUUCUACACCAACUGAUUCCUGGAGUGGAACAAGGGCUUAUACAAACACUAGCAGAGAAUUGACCAGAAAUUUGUCUAAUAAAAGCACUUUAAUGAGAGGGGAUGAUGCUACUGAAGUGGGUGAGACAGUGAACCAAAGCGCAUGGAAUCAACCCAGAGAGAAGGAAACACAGCAAUUCAGCAGUUGGGAGAAGUCAAAAUUUUCUCCAACCUCUGAAAUCAAUGCAGGAAUUUCUAAUUCUGGGGCAAUGCCUGAGUCACUUCAGAGGAUUGUUCAUGAAAAUCCAGGGGUCUCUCAUGUAGUGAAUACACCACAAGCUGCCCCCCAAGUCAAUGAAACAGAGAAGAUGUGGCAUUACCAGGAUCCAUCUGGAAAAGUUCAGGGGCCAUUUUCCAUAGUACAACUGCGUAAAUGGAAUAACACUGGGUAUUUUCCUGCCAAUUUGAGAAUUUGGAGAGCUACUGAGAAGCAGGAUGACUCCAUUCUUUUAACUGAUGCAUUGAACGGGAAGCUUCUGAAAGACCCCCCAGAAGGUGGCUUUCUGAAGGCUCAGAUGGUGCAAAGUCCACAUACGUCACCCCUGUACUCCAACAAAGGGCAGGGUGCACCCUCACAACAAGUAACGGAACUUCUGGUUGGGAAGCAGUCGAACUUGGACCAGAAUCGUGGAACUCGGGGAUCAGAAGGGGGUUUAAGUAUUGGUAGAGCUACUCCAUCUUCAGUCGAGAUACCCAAGCUUUCUGCCACCGAAUGGGGUUCUGGUAUGAACCUUCCAUCCCCUACUCCAGGCCAAAAUGCCACUCCUGCAACAAAGGGGCAGGCAGAUGAAAGCAAAUGGUCACCUGCUGGUUCUGUUCUUAGUGCCAAUAUCAUCCCUGGAAGUGGAGUUACGCAACCUUCAACAAACGUUGUCCCAAGCAGUAGCCAAGUUAUGCAGUCAUCUGCUUCAUCUUUUGCGAGAUCAGGCAGUAUGAAUGGUCCAGAUGGUUCUCAUGAUGUGGCUACUGCACCUAGGCCAGAGACGGACAUGCUUUUGAGCUCUGCAAGUACCUCUCAUGUGCAUCCUCAGUCAACAGAAUCAGCUCAUCUUCAACUACCAGCUGAUUUCGCUAAUUCUUCUGGGAGCGCAGGUAAUGAUAUGAUAAGUAAUGUUGCGACUAUCCAAAACUUAGUCCAAGUUAUGAGAAGCCAUAACCUGCCGGUCAAUCCACAUGGAUGGGGGUCUGCUUCCGUCUUAAAAACAGAUAUCGUUGGGUCAUCACCCAGGUCCCAUAGUGAUGCUCAAGUCUGGGGAAAUUCACUGUCUCAGAAGUCAGAACCAAGUGGUAUGUCUACACAGCCUUCUGUACAAUCACAGCCUUCUGUACAUGGUCAGUGGGGUGAAGCUGCCUCUUCUGUCCAAAACUCUGCUUCCUUUGCCAUGGGUAACCCUAGUGGUGCUUUUGCAAAUCCGUGGAGACCUGCCGGUUCAGGUGAUCAAUCGAAUCUCCAGUCCGUCGGUCCACCCAAUAUGAAUUGGGGUGCCAAUACAAGUGCUUAUGCUACUGUUCCCACAGUGGGACCAGAGAACCAAAAUGCUGGUUGGGUCCAAAUGCCUGGAAAUCCGUCUGCUGGAUGGGGAGGUCAGGUAUCAGGAAAUACUAAUGUCAAUUGGGUGGCUCCUGGAAACGUGAAUCCUGGUUGGUCUGUUCCUGGUCAAAUGCAAGCACCUGGAGUUCCGAACUCGGGGUGGGUCCCAACGGGCCAAGGAUUUGUGCAAGGAAAUUCUAAUCCUGGACCAGCGGUGACAUUGGGAAGAGGGGCACCACCUCAAAAUGCAAAUACAGGUUGGGUUGCACCAGGUAAUCAGGGCACGUGGGGAAAUGAACAGAAUCAACAUGGGGAUCGGUUCUCAGGUAAAAGGGACAGGGGUCCAGGUGGUCGAGAUUCGGGUCACAGUGGAGGUAGGAGUUGGAAUAGGCAGUCUUCAUUUGGUAGUGGAAGUGGAGGCGGGGGUGGAGGAGGUUCGAGCAGGCCUUUCUUUAGAGGGGAGCAAGGGGUGUGUAGGUGGUAUCAUGAGAGUGGUCAUUGCAAGAAGGGAGCUUCUUGCAACUAUAGGCACUAACUCUAGCAGGACAGAGUAGCUUAUAUACAGUAAUUUUAAUCUGAAGAUCUUUGUCGUUGUAUAAUCUGUUGAAUUUUGAUUAUUGUAGAAUGAAGUUUAGCAGCUCUUUAUUCA